UGACAGAUUUGUGGGUUGGAUGAGACUGACUUUGACAGUUUUAGGUUAUGUACAAAGGAAGAAUUUUAAAAUAAAAAUAAACAAAUAAAGUGAUCCAAAGCUAGGUUGUAACCAAAAAUACCAUCCCAACAAGAUAAAGUAUACAUCAUGUUUUCAAAAUCAGUAGUAAUACUUCUAUCCCUAGUUGUGGUUACGAUGGCAGCACUAACUGCAGAGGAGCAGUGGACCAACUUCAAGGCGACUCAUGGCAAAAAGUAUGACAGCCCUGAAGAGGAGCAAAGGCGCUUCAAGAUCUUCCAAAACACUUUGAAAACGAUCGAGGAACACAACAAGAAAUAUGAAGCUGGGGAAGUGACCUGGCAAAUGGGCAUCAACCAGUUCGCAGAUGUCACAGAGGAGGAGAUGAAGAAAUUUCAUACCGGACUUUUGCUGCCGAAAGAUGAAAAUAGUAACUAAGCUUUGACUAUGUAAAACUUUAUUGAAUUACUUGUUAUAUAUGCUUUAAUUAUAUAUAUAUAUAUUAUGUUAUUUGUACGUGAAGACAUACAGAUCAUUUAUGUAUUUUUACCAAUAAAUGUAUACAAAGUGACAACAUACAGA